AGACCAGGAGAGGGCGGACCCGUGCGAAGUGUGUGUGAACAUCCCGAGAUCGGUCGCCAGUCGCACGGAUCGAGCGCGCGGCUCUUGUGAUGCACUGUAGCGGAGACCGACCGGAGAGAGACAGAGGAAAGAACAGCCCAAUAGCCCCGAUUUAACGUCUGGUACUGUGUCAGAAGUCUCGCUUUAAUCAGCACCGUGUUUAUUCAGUCUACUCAGUUUUUUUACCGAACCUGGAUUUAAACAUUACCGGAGUUUAUUGUCGGAUUAUUAUGCAUUGGAUAUUAUCCCAUAACUAAGUGAUGGAACUGAGGAGAUCCAGAGGCUCCCCUGUGAACUACAAAUUCCAGCAGGCAACAUGAAGAAGGACGUCGCGGUCACCCUGACAACCAGAAGAGCAAGUCCAAUCGGACCUUACGCCAUGAUUACCCAUAGCAAUCUCUUUGGACUUUAAAGGAUUACAAAGGUCAAACUUUCCUUCCCAACAGAAGGAGAAACUAGUUUUGACUCUUCUCCCCUUUUCCUCUCUCUUUCCCUUCUCCUUUCUUUAACUAGGAGGAAAGGCAUCUGCAAUUCUACCUACUGUCCAUAGCUUCUCAGCGAUUGGAUAGUUUACUCAUGUGCAUGGCCUACGACUGUUACUUAGCCUACCUACGACUGUUAUCCCAACUACCACCCUACUCCCUGCUGAUUUUGUAUUAAAUCUCUCAGCAGUGUCAAACAUAUCCGUGUACACUUUUAGAUACAACUGUGGAUACUCCCUCGAAGAAUUGGAUACUUACUCUAAGACUUUUAAAUCAAAUCCAAUGCUAUCUAAGCUUUCAGGAAUAUAAACUCAUUCGACCUCUUCCUCCUCCUUGUUGACCAUGGAUGUGCUGGGCUUGUCUGCGAGGCUGCAGUUGUUGCUCUCGGCCCUCCUGGGUGUGUGUCUGAGCCUGGAGUUCACCGGGGCCCCCGGCCAGUGGGCCCGCUACCUCCGCUGGGACGCCAGCACGCGCAGCGACCUCAGCUUCCAGUUCAAGACAGACGUGUCCACGGCACUGCUGCUCUACUUCGACGACAGUGGCUAUUGCGACUUCCUGCAGCUGAUGGUCGUGGAGGGCAAGCUGCAGCUGCGCUUCAGCAUCGACUGCGCCGAGACCGCCGUGGUGUCCGACAAGCGGGUCAACGACAGCAGCUGGCACUUUGCCACACUGAGCCGCUACGGCCUGCGGACGGUGCUGGGGCUGGACGGCCAGGUCAAGGCGGACGAGGUGCGGCCCACUGGAGGUAGCCGACAACACAUGAAAAUUGUUAGCGAUCUGUUCCUGGGCGGCGUGCCGCUGGACAUCCGUACGUCAGCGCUCACGCUGCCCACGGCACGUGAUGCCCCACCCUUCAGAGGAACAAUCUCAGAUCUGAAGUACGGGAACACGGAACCGGUUCUCCUCAGCAGCUUGAGGGUUCGUCUGGAGUCGGAGGGGCGCUGUACGGAGAACCCGUGUGAGAACAGUGGGAGCUGCACCGUGGUGGAUGGGGAACCCAUGUGCGACUGCUCCAAAACAGAAUACAAGGGCCGCUUCUGCAAUGAAGAGGUCAACAAUAAUAUUCCAGGAUUUUCACAUAUGAUGAUGGCGGAGCAAGCUAAAAGCAAAGGUACAGAUCAGUCUUUCUCUUACCCUCGCUUUAAGAAACCCUGGGCUAGAUUGACACGGGAGGAGAACGUGGCCACGUUCCGCGGCUCCGAGUACUUCUGCUACGACCUGUCCCAGAACCCCAUCCAGAGCAGCAGCGACGAGAUCACACUCUCCUUCAAGACGUGGCAGCGCAACGGCCUGAUCCUCCACACGGGGAAGUCGGCCGACUACGUCAACCUGGCCCUGAAGGAUGGGGCGGUGAGCCUGGUCAUCAACCUGGGGUCAGGGGCCUUCGAGGCCAUCGUGGAGCCCGUCAACGGGAAGUUCAACGACAACACCUGGCACGACGUCAAGGUCACGCGCAACCUGAGACAGGUGACGAUAUCAGUUGACGGUAUCCUGACGACCACGGGGUAUACCCAGGAGGACUACACCAUGCUGGGAUCCGAUGACUUCUUCUACGUGGGUGGAAGCCCCAGUACUGCCGACCUGCCUGGGUCUCCUGUCAGCAACAACUUCAUGGGCUGCCUCAAAGAGGUGGUCUACAAGAAUAACGACAUCCGUCUGGAGCUCUCCCGUCUGGCCCGCAUCGUAGACCCUAAGAUGAAGAUCCAGGGGGACGUGGUCUUCAAGUGUGAGAACGUGGCCACCCUGGACCCGAUCUCCUUCGAGACCCCCGAGGCCUACAUCAGCCUGCCCAAGUGGAACACCAAGAGAAUGGGCUCCAUCUCCUUUGACUUCAGGACCUCGGAACCCAACGGACUCAUCCUGUUCACCCACGGCAAGCCCCAGGAACGCAAGGAGGCCCAACGCAGUCAGAAGAACACCAAGGUCGACUUCUUUGCGGUGGAGCUGCUGGAUGGCAGUCUAUACCUACUGUUAGACAUGGGCUCUGGGACCAUCAAGGUCAAAGCCACCCAGAACAAGGUCAACGACGGGGCCUGGUACCACGUGGACAUACAGAGAGAUGGACGCUCAGGCACCAUCUCAGUCAACAGCCGGCGCACCCCGUUCACAGCCAGCGGUGAGAGUGAGAUCCUUGACCUGGAAGGAGACAUGUACCUGGGGGGUCUACCCUCGGACCGUGCCAACCUCAUUCUGCCCACCGAGCUGUGGACCGCCAUGCUCAACUAUGGCUACGUGGGCUGCGUGCGCGACCUCUUCAUCGACGGGCGCAGCAAGGACAUCCGACAGAUCGCUGAGGCUCAGAACGGGGCGGGCAUCAAGCCGUCGUGCAACAAGGUGGUGGGGAAACAGUGCGAGAGCUACCCGUGUAAGAACAGAGGCGUCUGUAAGGAGGGAUGGAACCGGUUUAUCUGUGAUUGUACCGGCACGGGGUACUGGUCACGCACCUGCGAGAGAGAGGCAUCCAUCUUGAGUUAUGACGGCAGUAUGUACAUGAAGGUGGUGAUGCCCCAAGUGAUGCACACAGAGGCUGAGGACGUGUCUCUACGUUUCAUGUCCCAGCGGGCCUACGGCCUGCUCAUGGCCACCACCUCACGGGACUCGGCCGACACGCUGCGUCUUGAGCUGGACGGGGGCCGGGUCAAGCUCACGGUCAACCUAGACUGUAUCAGGAUAAACUGUACUUCCAGCAAGGGACCAGAGACCCUGUAUGCUGGGCAAAAACUCAAUGAUAAUGAGUGGCAUACGGUCCGCGUGGUCCGCCGGGGCAAAACCUACAAGCUCACGGUGGACGAUGACGUAGCAGAAGGCCAGAUGGCGGGUGACCACACCCGGCUUGAGUUCCACAACAUCGAGACGGGCAUCAUGACGGAGAGACGCUUCGUCUCGGCCAUCCCCUCUAGCUUCAUCGGACACCUGCAGAGCCUCAGGUUCAACGGCAUGCUGUACAUUGAUCUCUGUAAGAACGGAGACAUCGACUUCUGCGAGCUAAACGCCCGGUUUGGCAUGCGCUCCAUCAUCGCUGACCCUGUGACCUUCAAGUCCAAGAGCAGCUACCUGAGCCUGGCCACCUUGCAGGCCUACACCUCCAUGCACCUGUUCUUCCAGUUCAAAACCACCUCCCCGGACGGCUUCAUAAUGUUCAACAGUGGAGACGGAAACGACUUCAUCGCUGUGGAGCUAGUCAAAGGGUACAUCCACUACGUGUUUGACCUUGGCAAUGGGCCUAACGUCAUCAAGGGUAACAGCGACCGGGCUCUCCAUGACAACCAGUGGCACAACGUGGUCAUCACCCGUGACAACAGCAACAUCCACACGCUGAAGGUGGACGCCAAGGCAACCAGCCAGGUGGUCAAUGGGGCCAAAAACCUUGACUUGAAAGGUGACCUGUUUAUCGCUGGGCUGGGCCCUGGUAUGUACGGUAGCCUGCCCAAGCUGGUGGCAUCCCGGGACGGCUUCCAAGGCUGCCUGGCCUCAGUGGACCUCAACGGCCGCCUCCCUGACCUCCUCCAGGACGCGCUGUUCCGCAGCGGGCAGAUCGAGCGAGGAUGCGAAGUUGGUUUCACCAAAGCUGACCUACAAGGUCCUAGCACCACCUGCCAAGAGGACUCAUGUGCCAACAUGGGCGUCUGUAUCCAGCAGUGGGAGAACUACACCUGCGACUGUUCCAUGACCUCCUACACCGGCACGCAGUGCAAUGAUCCUGGGAUGACUUAUAUCUUUGGGAAAGGAGGAGGCCUCAUUACAUUCAACUGGCCAGCCAACGAGAGGCCAAGCACGCGCACAGACAGACUGACCAUAGGGUUCAGUACUUCCCUAAAGGAUGGCAUCUUGGUCCGGAUAGACAGCGCUCCGGGUCUGGGAGACUAUCUCAUGCUCCACAUCGAACAAGGGAAGAUCGGUGUGACGUUUAACAUCGGCACGAUGGACAUCAGUGUGAGAGAGAGCAGCACCCCUGUGAAUGACGGGAAGUACCAUGUGGUGCGGUUCACCAGGAACGGGGGCAACGCCACCCUCCAGGUGGACAACUGGUCCAUCAACGAUCACUUCCCAGGAGCGACAACCGAUAAUGAACGCCUUGAAAUUGCCACUAAGAAAUUCCCAUUGAAAUACGCCCGGCCAGUAGUGGACUGGCUACAAGAGAAAGGUCGGCAGCUAACGAUAUUCAACACCCAGGCCACAGUCACCAUUGGUGGCAGCGACCGCAGUCGGCCCUUCCAGGGUCAGCUGUCCGGCCUCUACUACAACGGCCUCAAGGUCCUCAACAUGGCUGCCGAGGGCAACCCCAACAUCAAGAUCAACGGCAGUGUCCGAUUGGUAGGCGACGUGCCCUCUGUGGCCGGGUCGGCUCGCACCACCGCCCAGCCCCCCGAGAUGUCCACCACCUUUAUUGAGACCACCACCACCAUGUCCACCACCACCACCCGCAAGCACCGCUCCUCUCCCACCAUACAGCAGACAACGGAUGACAUCGUGUCGUCGGCUGAGUGUUCGAGUGACGACGAGGACCUGGAGGAGUGCGACUCUGGCCAUGCAGGAGGUGAAUUAGUGAUCCCAGUACUCUUAGAGGAACCGUUAGUGCUGCCCCCUGUAGCUACUCGUGCACCCUCCAUCCCCCUUCCCCCAACCCUCCGCCCACCCCUCACCAUUAUUGAGACCACCAAAGAGUCCCUGUCCACGGCCACUGAGGCGGGGGUACCUUGCUUGUCGGAUCGAGGCAGCGAUGAUUGUGAUGAUGAUGAUGAUGGCUUGGUGAUAUCGGGGUAUGGCUCAGGGGAAGCGUUCAACUCUAACCUGCCCCCUACUGAUGAUGAAGAUUUUUACACCACCUUCUCCUUGGUAACAGAUAAGACCUUGUCCACGUCGGCCUUUGAAGGUGGCUACAAAGUUCAUGCGCCCAAGUGGGAAACCAAGGACUUUAGCUCUAACAAACCGUCCUCAGACCGCGGUAGGACUACCACUAUCGCUGCGCUGCCGCUAGCCCCCGACCAGAGCCGCUACACCUCCACCGCAACCCUGCACCACACGCCACCCGCCAAGCUGCCUGCCGGCAAAAUGAAUAACCGCGAGCUAAAACCCCAGCCUGACGUAGUGUUGCUCCCGUUGCCCACACUACCCUAUGAGGUAGACAGCACCAAGCAGAGGGCUCCUGUAAUAACCUCCCCCAUGUUCCGUAAUGUACCCACAGCCCUGCCCACCCAGCCCGGCGUCAACCGAGUCCCGGGACCCCCGGAAGUGUCCCGCCAGUCUAGCAGCACCACCGGGAUGGUCGUCGGGAUAGUGGCGGCCGCCGCCCUGUGCAUCCUCAUCCUCCUGUACGCCAUGUAUAAGUACAGGAACAGGGACGAGGGCUCCUACCAGGUGGACGAGAGCAGGAAUUACAUCACCAACUCGGCCACGCAGAGCAAUGGAGCCGUCAUGAAGGACAAACAACAGAGCGCAAAAGGCAGCAAAGUAAAACAGAAAAACAAGGACAAGGAGUAUUACGUGUGAGUGACGGACGUUGCGAGAUAAAAAAAAAAGAGAGAGAAGGCGAGGAAGAGAAAGGGAAAGAAAUAUAUAGAACUUUAUUUAACAGUUACCUUCUAAGGAGCUGCGACGACGAAAGAUGGUAAAAAUGGAACUGUUACUUCAUGCUGUGCAGAGUGGUUGAACUAUGACAUGUUCUGUAAUAUAAAGCACACUUACUAUUGUAAGCAUACCGAGAAGGCUAAUAGCAACUUUAGUGACCUUACUCUUCUAUCUGGUCGGAGACGUAAUCAGUGUAGAACUACUUCACGGCUACUGCAUCAUUAUCCUAAGUGACUUUUAGAGCUAUGUGAUCCUUAACGUAAAUUCUAGUUUAUUUUUUUUUUGUAAACCUGUACAAAAUGAAGAUAUUCAUAUAUCUUGACCAUUUCCAGCAUGUAAGCGACAUGUAGUGCUUAACAAGAGUGAGUGGGUCAGGAUAAAAAGGAUCAUUGUAAAGUCAAUGAAAAAAAUUGACUCCUGUCGUAAAAAGAUAUGACUAAUUUGUAUUGUUUAUACAUUAUAAACGUGUGGUGUCUUAAAACGUUUUAAAAAAACAAGUACUACUUUAUGUAUCAAAUGAAACCAAGUGAGCUCAAAUGGCUAAGGAUAGAUCUCUUAGGAUCUCAUAACUCUGUCAUCUGAUCUCGACCUGAUUACUCUCAUUGUGUGACGGGACGGACAGAGUGACUCUGACGUGAUCGUGGCGAGAAGUGGUCGGUUUUUCUUGUCUCGGUAAAAAGCAACUGAUUGUAAUGCAUGCCCAUCCUACUGCGACAGCCAAGUAAAGUACAGUACAGUACAAUAUACAGUGUUCAACUUUGCUUGAACAGUCCAGUUCUCACCAAGGCCAAACGUUAUACUACUUCAUCAUCAGGACUACACAACUCUUUUCAUUUUGUUCCCUAAAAACCUAAACAAAGAAAAUGUGAUUAUCCCUGACGAUAAAAAGGACUAAUAUUGGUUUGCAGCCAGUGCUGGUUGUAUCUUUUGCAGGCCUCUGUGUGUUGGUUCAUCGCCUCUUGUUCUAUUUUCUAUGGAGCUGUCCCAUUGAGGACAGAAUGCAGUACUAUAACACUGUUAAAGAUGUCUAUACAGAAAUAAAUCUAACGUGAAAAGUGUGAA